GGGAGGACAAGGCGGUGGAGGGAGCAGCGCUGAGCCUCAGAGAGAAAGAAGGAGCGGGGAGAGACGGGCAGAGGAGAGCUGGUCUGCGGGCUCAUUUCUCACCUCCAGCCGCCUUUUCCGGUGUUUGUCGCCGGCUGCUUUGGGAACUUUCUGCGGGCUGGGACUGUGAGUGACCCCGGGCUGAGCCGCCACUGCUGCCCGCCCCGCAUGGCUCCGGAUCCGCUGGGAACUUCUCCGUAGAGCCGUGCGGGUCUGGUGCGUUUUGGAGGAGGAGGAGGAGGAGGCUGCUGGCUGGAUUAUUACACACUGCACACACACACACACACACACAAGCCCACUGAACACAGACGCUCCCCCGGAGCCCGGGCCUGGCUGCGUCCCUCUGCGCUUACGAACUUGUCUUUUAAAUGUUGGAGGAGGAUCCGGGGGACAGCAGGAGUCAACCUGGCGGCGCAGCGGCGACCGCCUCCAUCUAGAGGGAAUAUGUGGCUCUCCGGGCUGACAUGUGCGCUUCUGCUGGGAACUUUGUGUGCAGGGCUGAGCCACGGGGAGGCAGACACCAGGGAGUGUUUGUACUACAACGUCAACUUCGAGAUCGAGAAGACCAAUCAGAGCGGGGUGGAGCGCUGCGAGGGCGAGAAGGACAAACGCUCGCACUGCUACGCCUCCUGGAGGAACAACUCGGGCUCCAUCGAGCUGGUGAAGAAGGGCUGCUGGCUGGACGACUUCAACUGCUACGACCGACAGGAGUGUGUGGCGACGGAGGAGAGUCCUCAGGUUUUCUUCUGCUGCUGUGAAGGAAGUUUUUGCAACGAGAGGUUCACACACCUGCCUGACGUCACGGGGCCAGUGAUCAAAGCCCCGCCCCCCAGCGUCGGCGUGUUAAACGUGAUGAUUUACUGCCUGCUGCCUGUCACCGUGCUGUCUGUGGCUCUGCUCACCGCCGUCUGGAUGUACCGCCACCGGAAACCUCCGUACGGACACGUGGACAUCAUUGAGGACCCUGGUCCUCCUCCUGCUUCCCCCCUGCUUGGUCUCAAGCCUCUGCAGUUGCUGGAGAUUAAGGCUAGGGGGCGCUUCGGCUGCGUCUGGAAGGCCCAGAUGAUGAACGAAUACGUGGCCGUCAAGAUCUUCCCCAUCCAGAAUAAAGAGUCGUGGCAGAGCGAGAGGGACAUGUUCACCACACCGGGUAUGAGGCACGGAAACAUCCUGAGGUUCAUCGCCGCAGAGAAACGGGGGAGUCACCUGGAGGCCGAACUGUGGCUCAUCACCGAGUUCCACGAGAGGGGCUCCCUGUGCGACUUCCUGAAGGGAAACGUGGUCAGCUGGUCCGAGCUGUGUCACAUAGCCGAGUCGAUGGCGUGCGGCCUGGCUUACCUUCACGAAGACAUCCCGCGACAGAAAGGAGAAGGACCCAAACCAGCCAUCGCUCACAGGGAUUUUAAGAGUAAGAACAUCAUGUUGCGUUCAGACCUCACAGCAGUAAUCGGUGACUUUGGUCUCGCCGUUGUCUUCGAGCCGGGGAAACCACCUGGAGAGACACAUGGACAGGUAGGGACCAGGCGUUACAUGGCUCCGGAGGUCUUAGAAGGAGCCAUCAACUUCCAACGAGACGCCUUCCUUCGAAUCGACAUGUACGCCAUGGGCCUGGUGCUGUGGGAGCUGGUGUCUCGCUGCAAGGCUGCUGACGGUCCCGUGGACGAGUACAUGCUGCCGUUUGAGGAGGAGGUCGGGCAGCAUCCGUCACUGGAGGACCUGCAGGAGACUGUCGUCCACAAGAAGAUGAGACCGUCCUUCAAAGACCUCUGGCUCAAACACAGUGGUCUGGCUCAGAUCUGCGAGACGGUGGAGGAGUGUUGGGAUCACGACGCCGAGGCUCGUCUGUCGGCCGGCUGCGUGGAGGAGAGGAUCUCCCAGGUCCGCCGCCUCACCGCCACCAUCACCCCGGCUACCUCCGACCGCCACACCCUGCUGGUCUCCACGGUCGCACCUGUUCCCAUGGUAACCAAUGUGGACCUGCCACCCAAAGAGUCCAGCACAUGAGGAGGAAGUAGAGAUCUAACAAAACAAAACCAAACUUUUCUGGAGGCCUGUUGUUACCGGGGAUUUUUCCUGAUGUUCGGUUCAACUUCCUCUGAAUACGACCGAAGGACACUAAACCACACGCACACGCACACACACGCACACACACACACUCACACACUCACACACGCACACACGCACACACACACACUCACACACACUCACACACGCACACACACACGCCAUCUUUUCUCAGUGGAAUUUUCCAACCAACCAGAAACUCGGCGUUAAAGCAGCUGCUAUUUUAUCUCUGGAUUGUGAUUUGAACUCGUCUCCUUUUCUUUUCCUUUCGGACGAAUACAAACCAGCACACGUCCUCGUUUGUUUUCCUCAUGUCUUUCUUUAAACCAAGUGAGUGUGUGUUUCCUGUAAAAACAGAGUAAACCUGCGUACUCACACACACUCACACACACUCACACACACUCACACACACUCACACACACUCACACACACACACUCACACACACUCACACACACAGGAAAACCUAACACUGAAACGCGUUCAGGUCCCGACUCAGUGAAUGCUCUUUUAUCUCCAGGUACCUCAGCGAGGUUUUCCUCGUGCAUUCCUCCCUCUGCUGUCUUCUUCUACUCCUCCGACAGAUUCGGAUUUAUCUGCCUACCUGGCAACUUCGCAACCUCGUCACCUAGCAACCACCUACCAUCAAUCUACCUUUGGGACGUUUUUUUACUACAGUGCUGCAAAACCCUUGUAGGAACGCGAUGACUGUUACACAAACACCGACAGCAAAGGUUUUAAACUUCAAUUUUUCUACCUUCUCUCGGACUCUUCUUCUUUUCUAUUUUUCGGCCGUGACCACGCCACUAUUCACACAGGACAAACCUUCGGAUCCAACGGGUUGUAUCCAAAAAAUGGGAAACAGGAAGUGAGGUCAGAAGGAAGGACAUGAAAAACAAAAGCCUGAAGGACUGUACAGUGUUUUUAAGGUGAAGGUUUCUUUCUCUCUUUUUUGUGUUCAGCUGUUUUAAUUUGAGGUUGAAGGCUGAGAGACUCUGAUGUGAUUGGUUGUCAGGAACCAGGAGGUAAACAUCUUGCAUGCAGAGAUUUGAUUGGCCGACUGCGCUCAACCACAGCAUUUUGGUUGGCUCGGAAAUAAAACUCUCAGGUAACCAGGUCUACAGGGGUUGGGGGGCGGGGUCAAUGUGAUGCGACGCCACCCACAAGUCUUUACAGGCAGGAAGGGGCGGGGACAACAACAGGUGUGGUGGAUUAAAUACUUUGGUGGGAGGAGUUUAUCCGAGGGUGCUCAAAGCCUAUUGGCUGUUCUGAAUAUGUAAAUUUGUAAGGUGCCCAAACAAACAAGGGGAAACGUGAUACCCUGAACAAAAGGUGCAAGACCUCAGGAUGCAUAGAGCGGCUUAUGCAUUUAGGUCCGAGUGUGUGUGUGUGUGUGUGUGUGUCACAUGAUGUGACAGAUGAUGAGUUUCCUUUUUUGAAUGUUGGUGUUAGAUUGUACCUGCUGAUUGUUUCCUAUUUGUUCAGUCUGGUUGUGUUUUACUGGGAGGUUAAGUGAAGGACCGGUGACCUUUGACCUCCUCAGCAUUCUGGCUGAGCUGCAGCAGAGAUCUGUUCAGAUCAGUGCAGCGAUCACACAGUGUCGUUGUGUCGUUCAGGCUGCGCAGCUGUGUUUCUGCAGCUGAUCCGACACUGAUCACAGCCUGCGACACACACGCGAGCGACACACACGCGAGGAAGACAACAGCAGUCAUGCUGUGAUGUUGGUGCCUGGACAGAUUCAUCAAAACUCUGGUUUCCACAUUUACAUUUUUCUUCAGUGUAAAGGUCAAAGUUUGCGGAGGUCAAAGGUCAUCAGGCUCCUUCUCACUUACCUGCUACAAUCUGCUCUUAUUCUUCAACCGGGACCAAAACCGGACGUGAAACCGGCCACGAAGAGUCCAGCUCAGAACCUCGCUUCAUCCUUUGUGCAUCAACACAAAUGAUGAAGUGAUAAGAACUGAAAAAAAAGAAAAGGAACCAUGUUGUUUUUAAAAUGUUUCAUUUGUACCUUAUGUUUUUUGUUCCUUCUGUGAUGCCAUACAUGUAACAGUGAAUGUCUACGAUGCUGCUGACGAUGAUUCAAACUCAAAGAUGAAUAUAUUUCUGUAUGUUCCUUUUUAUUGUUAAUUCCGUACGAAGUUAGUGAAGCGACGGGAGGCGUUUGGAAAACGUUGCACGUUCGACCGCGGGAACGACGGCGCGUGAAGGAGAAGAACUUUGACUAAUAAUCGAGUGGAAAGAUAGAAAAAAUAAAAAGACAUCAAAACAAUACAGCUCAUGAACCACAGAUCACCUCAAUACACCAGAAAUACCUCAAACUUUUCUACGUGGUAAAGUUCUGUUUUUAUAUUUUAUUAGUUGCUUUGAAAACGUGUAGUCACAUAAUAUUUUAUUGUGAAUGUUUCUUUGUUUUUAUUUAGUUUGGAUUUUUCUCUUUGAUUAGAGACGUUAAUGUUUUUUACACAAUUUUCUCCAAACUGGUUGAAGAAGAAGAAUGUGACCAGGUUAGGGCGAGUCUCAAACCUCCAUGUUGUAAAUAUACACUUUAGAAAUAAAGGUUUUUUUUAGACUGAUCUGAACUGCCGAUAUCACAA